CUGUAGGUUAGAGUUUCCCUUAAUGCCGUUCUGGCAGGUUGUACAGAGCAGUCAGUCACAGGUCAUGUUUUCAGCCUCCCCCCACCCCUCCGUGGUAUUCCACUGGAGUCACUGGGAAUCCAGAGAAACACGUGAUCAGCAGCCUCUGCAGCGGCGCGUGCACAGUGCGCACUGGGAAAGACCAGCGGAUAGCCAUGAACCUGUAAUACCCAUAGACAGUAUGGUAAUACCUCCUUAUAUACUGUCUAUGUGUAAUACACGUUGGGCUUUGGAGGAUGCGUCGGGAGCUUGAUGAGCAUGUUGAGGACCAGUGAUGUGAGUGGGCCUCGCUAGAACAGGUAAGAAACAGACAACCUUUGUUGCUGUCUUACCAUGGUGACUAAUUAGCAUGACGGUUACAAAUUUGCGUCAUCAUCCUGUAUCAGCACGUCACACCACCCAUCGCCACUGUGUAACCUUCAGGCUUCGGGAUUAUCGGGACGGUUAUAACCAAAAGGUUUCGGGGAAUGUGGCGAAUGAGGAUGCCGUCGCUGAGAGCACCUAGCGUUAAGGUAGCGCUGUCAAGUAGCUGGAAGCGUUGAAACGAUGAAGGUUUUAAACCACUGACCGCACGAAUAUUCUUUUUUCCGGUGGGUCGACUGAGAAUGUCUCGUUUACGAGGAGCACGUGAAGGCAGCAGCCGAUCUAGUGUCACGGAGAGUGGGCGGUGCGUCACCUCGCGAGCAGAUGUAAUGUUACCGGAUCCUCGGCGCUGCUGUCAGUGAAGACUGGUCCCUGGUACCGAGACGUGACUGGGAUUGGAUCAGAUUGGAUCUGGUCUAGAUAAGAGCGUGUUUAUCACUAAACUGACUCCAUCAAAGAAUCCCCAGCUGAAUGCUGCUGCCUGGCUGCUUCUUCCUGCAGAUCUGUCCCUAUGGCUGAAAUGCUUUCUUUGACGUCGUGAUCAGCCCCAGAGGCCGUGCACUCUCCCGACCCCCCCACACCCACUGCAUCAUGGGGGAGGUAGUCCAGAUGCACUUCACCACGGUGGACUACGUGAUCUUCGCCUUGCUCCUGGUGGCCUCGACUGGCAUCGGCCUCUUCCACGCCUUCUCCGGGGGGCGCCAGCGCACGACACAGGAGUUCCUGAUGGCUGACCGCUCCAUGAGCUGCCUGCCUGUGUCUCUGUCCCUGCUGGCCACCUUCCAGUCGGCCGUGGCCAUCCUGGGAGCCCCGUCGGAGGUUUACACCUUUGGGACUCAGUACUGGUUCCUGGGCUGCUCCUACUUCCUGGGCCUGCUCAUCCCAGCUCAUGUGUUCAUCCCAGUCUUCUACAGACUGCGGCUGUCCAGCGCCUAUGAGUAUCUGGAGCUGCGCUUUAACAAGACGGUUCGCAUAUGUGGGACUGUGACCUUCAUCUUUCAGAUGGUGAUUUAUAUGGGGGUGGUCCUGUAUGCCCCAGCCUUGGCUCUUAACGCAGUGACAGGCUUUGACCUGUGGGGGGCGGUGCUGGCCAUGGGACUGGUGUGCACGGUCUACACUGCUCUGGGUGGUCUGAAGGCAGUGAUCUGGACCGAUGUUUUCCAGACAGUGGUAAUGUUUGCGGGCCAGCUGGCGGUCAUCGUGGUGGGGGCCAGUCAGGCAGGGGGCAUGGCAGAAGUGUGGAGGAAAGCAGUCAACGGCAGCCGUAUCUCGGGACUGGACCUGGACCCCGACCCUCUGCAGCGCCACACCUUCUGGACACUGGGGGUGGGGGGAGUCUUCCUGAUGCUGGCUCUGUACGGGGUCAACCAGGCCCAGGUCCAGAGAUACCUCAGCUCUCGCACGGAGAGAGAGGCUGUCAUGUCGUGCUACGUAGUUUUCCCGUGCCAGCAGAUUGUGCUGUGUUUAGGCUGUCUGAUGGGGCUGGUCAUGUUCGCUCGCUACGGAGAGAACAGCCCUCUGGACAAGGGCUACGUCAAAACCAAUGACCAGAUGGUGCUGUACUUUGUGAUGGACGUGUUCCAGGACCUACCUGGGCUGGCUGGGCUGUUUGUGGCCUGUCUGUUCAGCGGAGCUCUCAGCACCAUCUCAUCAGCCUUUAACUCCCUAGCAACAGUAACCAUGGAGGACCUGAUCAAACCUCAGUUUCCAAACAUGACUGAAGCUAAAGCGACGCUGCUGUCCAAGGGUCUGGCGCUGGUCUACGGCCUUGUGUGUCUGGCUAUGGCCUACCUGGCCUCUAUAAUGGGCUCUGUGCUGCAGGCAGCCUUCAGCAUCUUUGGGAUGGUGGGGGGUCCUCUGCUGGGCCUCUUCUGUCUGGGAAUGUUCUUUCCCUGGGCAAACCCCACGGGUGCCGUGGUCGGAUUGGUAGCCGGCCUUGCCAUGGCCUUCUGGAUCGGCAUUGGCAGCUUUGUGAUACGUAUGUCUGGUCCCAUGGGGCCAGAACUCAACACCACUGCUCUGCCCCUGUUUGACAACAUGACCACGCUGGUCAACCCCCCCACAGCCACGCCCAGGCCGACGGGUGUGGAGGCUCUCUACUCGCUGUCCUACAUGUGGUACAGUGCUCACAACUCCACAACGGUGGUGGUGGUGGGUCUGCUGGUCAGCCUGCUGACAGGGCCGAUGAAGGAGAAGGAUCUGACCCCGGGCACAGUGUUUCCUGUCCUGGGCUGGCUGCUUUUCUUCCUCCCGGAGCGCUACAGGGAGAAGCUGUGCUGCGUCACUCCUCUGUCCACUCCUCCCAAGCCCAAAGAAAGCCACGCACAGCCCUAUCAGAUGGCCAAGAAAGACGGCAACGGAGCAGCUUACUGCAAAGAGGACACCGUCACCGAGGACAAAGAGACGGAGAGCGACAGAGCACAGACGGAGGACGAAGACUUGGAAACAAGGAUGGCUCUGCCCACGUGUCAGCUGGCAGCUCACACGCUUCAGGAGACGGCCUUGUGAUGCCUUCUCCUCCUACUCAUCACACAAACCCUCUGCAGUCCUGACAGCUCAGACGGAUCAUAGGUGGGACAUCAAGUACAAUGUCCACAGCACCACCUUUUACAGUGUCCUAAUCAGCUGAAUCGGAUUAUAGAAAAGGCUCAACGAGUGCCAUGCUGGAACUGUGCAUUGAGAGUAGCAGCAGUCAAACAAGAUCUCCAACCCAGAUGUGUGCACGUGUGUGCGCAGCUCUCAUGCACAAUGAGCUGUUCACAAAAGAAUCAGACAGUUGAUCCAGGAUGUAAAUUAUGUUAUUUUUGUAGAGAAGAUGGAGCCAUACAAUCCCACAAGAUUUUUAAGAGAAACAUGAAAAGAAAAGAGACGGACGGUGACAUGACAGUCACAAUCAC